GAGCAUUCCAAUUGGUAUUGGGAAGAACUCUCACUCAAAAGAGCAAUUAUUGAUAAGAAUGCUCGCAUUGGAGACAAUGUGAAGAUCGUUAACACUGAUAAUUUCAAGAAGCAGCUCGGGAAACAGAUGGAUACUUCAUCAAGAGUGGGAUCGUGGACUGUCAUCAGGAUGCUUUGA